CCUGUGCAAAUUUCAAAAUUUCUGAAGUACUAAUACUUUCUGUAGGGUAGAAUUCUUGCAUCAGUUUCAUGCGCUAUGGGCUGACACAAACACUACCAGCUCUGUAUUACAGUACUCCAACUUCAAAAAUCGGUGCAUCUUCUGACCCUUGAAAUUUUGCGUGCACUUUGCCAUACUUGCAUUUAUUUCGCAGUGGUAUUCAUGUUAUUUGUAGUUUUCCAAGGUUGUACUCUGUACUCAAAAAAUAUUUUGUCCCUAAUUGUGUAAAACUCUGACAUCGAACCAAAUUCAUCAGAAACUCGAUCCGGCAGAAUUAAAGCAGCUUAAACAUUUUUCCUAUACUUCUAGUUAUUAUACAUGACCGCGUGUGGUACGGCAAGUUUUCUUAUCGGAAUGUUUCGGGGUGUACCAUGCUGUUGUUAUAUGUUAUGGAUUCUCGCACUGCAACUACAAGGAGUAAAAUCGCUUGAAUGCUAUAGGUGCAUGCACGACCAGCACCCGUUACCGGAUUGGUGCGUGACAAACAGGCAUGAUGAAGUGGAUGCAUGUUCUGAUACUAUUACAACUUGCGUCAUUGCGGGCGGGAUCCGACAGAUACCAGACCGCAAGCCGGUAGCGUUCGCGCCAGCAGUGGGCAGAUCGUGUUCAUUCUCCUCUGACGCUAGAGGCGAUACUAAGAUUUGGAAUACCAUGGCGAAAGGGCAGAAGAUGCUCUGUUAUGAGAUUGUGCGCGACGGCAUGCCUGGCCCGACGGGUGUGCCGAUAACCGAUCGCCGAUGCAUCUGCGCGGAAGACAAAUGCAAUGAGUUAGGGUGGGACAGAUUAAUGCAGCAGCCUGUUUUACCGGCGAACUACUCAAACAACGAUGUGGUAAAGCCCAAACCAGGGAAUUAUUCGCUGGCCGCAUUACAAGACGUACUGAAUUUGAAUUUUGCGUCACUUGGCACUGAUAUCGGCACCGGCGGCAACACCGCCACUGCCACCACAAGCAGUUCGACCGGCAGCAUCUCCGGCGUGCCAACAGAUGCAACCGAAAAUUCUACGGCCGUUUCCGCCAACAACUCAAGCAAUGGCGUUGCUAGUACUGCCGGUGGGAGCGGAUCCAGCACGGGAUUGAUUGCUGGGAUCGCAGCCGGAGUUGUAAUUUUGGCUGCACUAGCCGGAGGUUUGUGGUAUUGGUUCAAAAUUCGCAAGCGAAAGGACAGUACAAGCAGCGCCGCCACAGAAGCCAGUAAUACUGAAUCUGGUGACAGUGGCGGAGACGAUUAAGUAUGCGUUGGACGUUUAAGCCCAGCCUUAAUCUGCCAGCAAUAAUUCCAUUCAGAUCUGUGUCUUGUGUGUAAUUUUGCGGUGUGUAAAUUCUUGUUGCUCUUUGAUCUGGGAGUUCAUUCCUUUCAUUCCGUUACAUUGCGGCACAUCAUAAAUAAUUAUUGUUAAAAGUGGUUCACCAUUGUUAUAAACGUGUUGCGAAAGCUUCCCACUGAAGCAAUGGUCCGUACUUCGGUAAAGGCAUCGG